ACUGAUUUCUCACUCGUAUUCACAUCAUCCUUCUUUUUUAUCACGUCUUCAAGUCAUUACAGUUAUUAUUAAACCAGUCAAAAAUCUCAAUUUAAUUAGUAUUACUAGUAUUAUAACAUUGUCGUGUCUGCAUGUAAAUCUAUAUUGAACACAAUCACCCUUCCUAUCGUCCGUAAUUCUAUUAGGCUUUAAAAGUUCAAAAAAGUUAUUGUUAUUAUUAACUAUUCGACUUAAUACGCUUUAUUAUUAAAGCUUUUAAACUAGGUUAUAUAUUUACUGUAGGUUAUCAAGAAAAUAGUGUAACGGGUCAAAAUGUCAGUUAUUUUGCCAACGCCUUCCCAGAUUGCUGGAAAGUAUUACCAAUAUUAUGAAGCUUAUUACAAUCAAGUAACAAAGAAUCCCGAUGGUUCAAUAGCUGCGAUGGAGGGAGCAAAGUUUUUAAAACGAUCUGGCCUUUCCGAUGCAAUUCUUAGUAAGAUCUGGGACAUGUCCGACCCUCAAGGAAAAGGACAUCUUGACAAAUCGGGUCUUUUUAUGGCGAUAAAACUGAUAACACUUGCACAAACAGGAAAGGAUGUAACAAUGUCCAAUGCCAUCCAAAAUUACGACGAUCUUCCAGAAAUUAGUGGGGAUAAACCUAUAAUUAGACCACCCAGUGUUCCGCCAAUGGCACAAAAUAUGCCACACAUGGAAAUUGCAGAAGAAAUGCUAGCAGCUUAUCAAAAAAUGUUUCAAACCGUGGCUGAACCCGGUCCAGCUGGUCAGCCCAUGUGUGUGCCUGGAAAUAAGGCAAAGACGAUGAUGUUGGAAUCUAAAUUGCCAAUUGAAGCCCUUGGGAAAAUUUGGGAUAUGGCGGACACUGAUAAGGAUGGUGCGCUGGAUGAGCCAGAAUUCAUAAUUGCUCUUCACUUGGUGCAAACGAUGAAACGAGGAGCACCGAUCCCCUCAGUGUUGCCUCCAGAUUUUAUCAAUACGGUUCGAAGGGGGAUGAAAUCCCCUGGACCUCCGAGGAAACCUUCUCUAGUCGCUGAUGACUUGGUUUCUCCUCCUCCUCAACAACAACCACCACCUAUUUCAUCACCCCCCAUGGUUGCCCCCGUUGCUACUGUUCCACCAAUUCAUCCCCCCAUGCCCACACAAACUCCUUCAGUUGUCCCAAUGCCCGUAAUGUCACCACCCGUUGCUGCUCCUCCACCCACUCAUGUUCCCAGUAUGCCUAUUCUUGAUGGUUGGGUCGUAAGUCAAGAAGAAAGAAUCAAGUAUGGAAAUCUAUUCCUCCAGACGGACAAGGAUCACGACGGGUUCAUCUCGGGCGUUGAGAUUAAGGACGUAUUUCUGCAAUCUGGUAUACCACAGCCAAUACUAGCUCAUAUAUGGAACUUGUGCGACGACCAGCAACAAGGAAAGCUCUCUCGAGAUCAAUUUAUACUUGCAAUGUGGUUAAUACAUCGGAAAAUUGCACAAAACAUUGAUCCACCUCAAACACUCGCUCCAGAAAUGCAAAUUCCGACUCUCAAGGAAGGGGAAGAAAUUAAUCCGGAAUUUGAGCUAAUUUUAAAAUCGAUAAUGGAAUAUAGUAAUGAAAAGAACACACUCGAGUGUGAAAUUCUGAGUAAAGAAAGUGAGAAGAAGAUCAAGACGGGUGAACUAAAGAGUUUGCAAUCAGAAUUCGACACGCUAGCAGCUACUUUGAAGCAGUUAGAAAAUCAAAAAAAUAUUGCAAAAACCAAGCUGGCCGAUUUAGAAACUCAAGUUACAACGCUUCGAAGUCAAGCAGAGGAUCAAGAAUCUACUCUCGUAGAACAAGAGACAGAAUUGGGACAAAAACGAACCGAACUUUGUUCCAUUGACACGGAAAUAGAGGACAAUGAAAAAGAACAAAAGGACAUUGCAAAUAGAAUGGAAAAGCUUACUGAAAUUAAACAACAAACGCAGCUUAAAAUAUCAAAAAUUCGUACACAAACUACAGACCUGCAUGAAAUGGAGAAUACAAUGAAGUCGUGUUUAAUCAAAUACGAUGACUGCAUCGAUAAUAAUAACUAUCUUGCCGGAGUUACAGAAGUAGAUUUACGAGACUUGGGACUGGAAUUUGAUGAAAUUUGCGAAAUUUUUAAUCACGAAAUUAGAACCCCUAUUGCAAAAGAAGCACCUCCAGCGUUUGAAGAACACUUUGAAGAAAAGACUGGCGUGUUUGAUAACCAAUUUCAAGGAAAUUUUGAUGCUUCCCCAUUUGAACCAAAAUUUGAAGAAACCCAGGCGUAUAACGAUGACCCAUUUGCUGCGUUAAGGCCGGAAACGGCACCUUCUUGGCCAGCAAACAAACCUCACACUCUUCAUGACCCUUUCGCUCCUACAGCCGCAAAGAGCCCUGGUCCUGGGCUCGAGAGAGACCCCUUCGGUUCUGAACCUUUCAGUGCCGGUAACGCACCUGGGCCAAACCUUCCGCCUAAGAAACCUCCCCCUCCAAGACCAGCACCUCCAAAAGCAGCUCCAGCUAGGCCUCCGCCUCCUAAGGCCGCUCCAUCGCCAGCCCCGUCUGCUUCUUCCGAUCCGUUUGGAGGAGGAGAUAGUAAUUUUGCAGACUUUGCUAACUUUGAUAGUGCAGGGUUUUCAUCCUCUUCAUCAUCAUCACCUUGGACAAGUAGUAGUUUUGGUAAUAGCAAAAGCAGGAGCAAAAGCCAGAAUCAACAUCAAUCUCCGUGGGGCGACAACUUUCCGACAUCCUUUUCGACAUCAACUCUUCCUACCAUGUCGAGCGUUAAUAAUACGAGUAACAGCAACAACAGCAAUAGGACAAGUAACAGUAAUCGCGGCCAGAAUGGAAAAUCGAAAUCUCAUAAUAAGACCCACAAUCUCUCUUCCAGAAGUACAAGCAAUUUAGACUUCACAGAAGAUCCCUUCAAAAACUACCGGUAUGAAGACCCCUUCGCCCUCGGAGGCGACCCAUUUCUUAACAACAAUGGUAAUAAUAAUAAUAGAAAUAAUAAUAGAAACUUUAAUAACAACAACUUUGACCCAUUCAAGUAGCCUAACAAUGAAUCGUAGUGUCUUUUUACUGCUGCUACAUAAUCUAUACAGACAAGUCUAUGACAUUUCGUGCAUAAUAUAAAAUAUUAAAAUAUCAAAUUGUAUUUAUUGUCCAAAUAUAUUAUGUACUGGAAAUUAUCAUGAUUAUCUUGUCAAUUAUUCCUUGAAACAUAAGCUAUAAAUAUUACUACUUGUAAGUAACUGACUGUUUUGCUUAUUUGUUACUUUUCAAAUGAAACAAUAGCUUCGAAAAACGAGAAUUUGUACAAUAGUUAAGUUUAAUUAAGAAUAAGACAAAACUCCUGAAUUAUAUUAUGCAUCUACACUGAUAAUUUUAAAAUGCAGGGCAGAAUAAUAAUAACUAUAUAAAUCCAGUAAAGAGCGGCGCUAGUAAAUAGUUGUGUACUUGAACCAAAAGAUAUUGAAUGUAGGUUAUUACGCAAAGCUAAAUGUAUUAUGAAUGUGAGCAAAUGUUAUUCAAAAUGAUGAGCGUCGUAGAUGAGGAGAAGUGAACUUUGCAGCUUUGUAGUACAAGUCGUAUGAAUUGAAUUACUUAUAAUGAAAUUGAACGCGUCUGAAUGCAGCACUGACUCAUAAAUAAUAAACCAAAGUAGCUUUACAUAUUUUU